GGAGGCAGAUCGCUCCUUCUCCAGCCUCGGAAAUGCUCUCCUCCCUUUGCAAAGUCGAUUGCUUCUGCCACUGUGCGCAGUGUGCGAAAUGUGCACAGAAGUGCAGCAGCAUGUAGCGACAGCCUCUUUGUGCAUCGUGACUCGAAAGAUAACAAUAUUGACAUGCCAUUUGAAUUCACCGCUGAGAACUUGAAGAGGGCAGAGGCGAUCAUCUCGAUUUACCCAGAAGGCCACAGAAAAGCAGCCGUGAUUCCCCUGCUGGACCUUGCACAGCGCCAAGUUGGAAACUGGCUUCCCAUCACUGCUAUGCAUGCUGUUGCCAAGAUGCUAGACAUGCCCCGCAUGCGUGUAUAUGAAGUUGCUACUUUCUACACCAUGUUCAUGAGAAACCCUGUAGGUAAGUACCAUAUCCAGGUGUGUACGACAACCCCCUGCUGGCUCCGGGGUUCAGAUGAGGUCAUGAAGGUUAUCCAUGACAAGUUGGGAAUCAAGGUCGGGGAGACCACAAAGGACGGACUCUUCACCCUCUCUGAAGUGGAGUGUCUUGGGGCAUGUGUCAAUGCUCCCAUGAUGCAGAUAAACGAUAAUUAUUAUGAGGACCUCGAAGUAAAGGACACUGAAGAGAUUCUUAACUCGCUGGCAGCAGGGAAGGAGCCCAAGGCAGGUCCUCGCAAUGGUCGCUUUGCUGCAGAGCCACUAGGAGGCCUCACCUCUCUUACCAGUCCCCCUCCCGGACCAGGAUUCAUGGUUCGAGAUGACUUGUAAAUUAUAUGUGAAUGGAAGAACGGGAAUGUUAGGGGCAAGUUAAAAAUCAAGCAGAUGUAGAUCACAAUAUUUAUGACUUGCCACGAUCGCAUUGUAGGUCAUGUAUAAUUUGAGUUUGUAUAUAAAUAUAUUUAAAGUGAAAUUG